AUGCAUUUUGGUUUUACCAAGAAUGUAGAUGAAAAAUAUGGAGUUCAAGAAAUACAGAACCAUAAUACAAAGCAUAAAGCUGUGCUGAAUUAUAAACAGGGUGGAUGGUUUGGAAAAGAUCUGAACAAAGUUGAUGGAUAUAUAUACAGUCCUGACAAACAGAAACUGAAAGCCCUUUACGGGAGUUGGGUGAAAGAGCUGUAUGCUGUAAAUCCAGCAGAGUAUGAUGAAUUUAUGAAGGAAUUAAACUCAGGAACCUCACCUAGUCAAAGUGCCAAACACUUAAAUGGUGCCAGUACAAGUACGCAAACUUCAGACCACAAUAUUUCAGGUAAAUCUCCCUCCACAUAUGACCUUGAAAUCCCAGGACAGGAGGUUAUAUGGAAAGGAAUCUCUAGACCAGAAUACUCUCAAGAAUAUUUCAGUUUUACUCUAUUUACUAUGGCUUUGAAUGAGAUAACAGAAGAGAACGCCAAUAAGAUUCCCCCCACUGACUGUCGACUGAGACCAGACAUACGUCUGCUGGAGCAAGGACAAAUAGGUAUUACAAGAACAUAUGAUGAAAAGUUGAGAGUAAAUAUAAAUUACACUAUAAUAGUGAUAAUUCACUAACAUUGUUAGAAUACACUAAAUAU